CAACACUAAUCUCUGUUGUAAAGCUCUUUAUUUGGUAACCUAAAAAAAGGUUAAAGCAUCACAUUCCUACUCCUACAAAAAAAUAUUUUCCCAAAACCAACACACUAUGAAAAAACUCUACCAACACACCAAAGGCAAAGUCCAUCCAUCACCACCACCGCCGCCACCAUCCAACACUUCUGACCACUAUCUAUCCUUCCUUCCUCUAGCUAUAGCCACCUUAGCCGCCGCCCUUUCACCAGAAGACCAACAAGUCUUGGCAUACCUUCUUUCCACCGGAAGCAAACCCAGCAAGAACUCUGGCGGUGGAGCCACCACCGGCGGUGACCAUCCACCACAGUUUACAUGCAACUGUUUUACUUGUUAUACAAGUUUUUGGGCUCGGUGGGAUUCUUCACCGAAUAGGAAAAAAAUACAUGAUAUUAUUGAUGCUUAUGAAGAUGGGCUGGUUCAUAAUACCAAGAAAAAUGGUAAAAACAAGAAAGAUAGAAAAAGCAAAGGCUUUUCUUCUUCUACUAAUAGUGCUAAGCCUGCUAGUAGUGUGACUCACGCGCCGCCUGUUGUGGAGAGUGUAACUCACGCGCCUCCGCAAGUUGAGCAAAAGGAUGGUGUUUCCGAUGAUGAUAUUGGGUCGUCUUCAGUGAGAAAGAUUGUAAGCUUUAUUGGAGAAAGGAUUUGGGGCGUUUGGGGCAUAUGAAUUUUGUGCAAUAUAAUUUUAGGAUUUUAACUUUAAUUAAUUAGAAGGAAAAAAAAAUGUAUUUGCCUGUUUUGUAAAUUUCCCAAAAAAUGGCAUUUAAUUGGUCUCUUUGGAAACAAGAAUAGUGUUCCAUUGGUUCCUCCGACGUAAUAUCAUAUACUUUUGCAACAUUUUUUUU